GAGGCUCUCGGUCUGGUGUAGAAGGCGGUGUCUACGGGUGUGGAUGCUAAUAAAAUUACGACAGUCGAAUUAAGGCUAUUAAGCAGUGCAUACACACGCGAUCCAAACAGACAGAGCGCACACAACGCAUUUCGCGGAUGCAUUAGACCAUCGCUCAGUACAGCCGUCACCGACACACAUACACGUCACAGCGGGCAGCAAGGCGGACUGAGCGGUGGCUGCCUUUUUAUCACGAUCGCGAUAAACGGGUCGCCAAUAAAGCGAAAUUCAACAACGUGCCCAACAGGAAAGCUAGAAGAAGACGCAUAAGAAGCACGAGAUGCGAAAAGCAUCGCACCUCGUGCAGUUCGGUCCGGUCUCAAGUGCAUCGGAAGCGUGUAACGUGUAACUCAAUCAUAACGUUUCAUGAAAUCGCGAAUUACACACCGUCCCUACCUAUUACCUUUGCUAACCCCCUGUUGAAGGCUCUCCGUCACCAGAAAGACUAUUUCAGCUGCGAACUCAUAAGUACGGUUCUCGCUGGUACGCUGCUGCGCUAUCAUAAUCAAAUCGGACUGUCCGCUUCUUCACCACCGAGCCUCAACUACACCCUGUGACACCUGCUGCUGCCGCUGCUGCUACUACUACUGAUGAUGAUGAUGAGCACUGGCACACGGACCUGUCGUUGUGCCAGACCUACCGUCGACACUCUGCGCACUCCUGCGAGGCUGUCACUGCGAACCCACACUAUAGGUACGGUGUGUGAGUCUGGUUAGUCGCCAUUCCCUUAUGCUCCCGUACCACGGUUGCUGGCCUUCGAAGAUAGCAGGCCGUGCGGUAAUGAAAAUGUACACCUCGGCCUCGAGCGCAACAAAUAACUAUGUUAUAAACUCUUUAUCAGGCUAGUUUAAUUAGCAUAGCAUCGGACAGGCAGUCAGUCACCGCGGCCGUACCGACUUCCACCCGUGGUUGACGAAGUUAACGCACGCGUCCUGCGGAAUUUUGCUUUUUUUUAUCAGGCCCCUUGAUAACUUCAGCCCGGUGACGCUCAGCUCACCUAGCCGCUCAGGUCACUCACGGUGGCGUACACACUCGCUCGCUCGCACACGCGUUAAACGCUUGUUUAUGGUGUGGCGUCGAGCCGGCCGACCUGGCGCGAGGGCUUCGACUAAUGACCAAACAAAAAACUUCGGCCCCUUCCCAAAAAACGCGCGCACGGCUGUCAGUUAAUGUUUAUGGUUGACGCCGAUUGGAAGUCUUCGGCGGAUUUUUAACGGAGACCACUCAGCGUGCGACGUGGUUCUGUUUUGUUUGGGGUGGCUGCGUACCCACGUGUGUGUGUGUGUAACGUGUAAGGCUUAGUAGUUUACCUUCAACGCAGCAGAAGGAUACGGACAUGCCGGGAGCGGCAACUUCAAGGGUCCAUCCACCGCCGGACGAUGGAGGAAUCGCCGGUUCGAAGGGAGGUCCCCACCGAGAUAUCUCCGAGGCAAGUUCGGCAGCCGCGAGUGCCCGUCCAUCACCUCUCCAGAGUCGCCGAGGCACCCUGGACAGUGUGGAGCUGGUGGAACGUUACCACUACGCGAAAAACCCUAACCGCAGUGGAUCCCACUCCCCGAGCCUGUACGAACCGCGUCGACGACUCUCGAGCUUCGGUGCCCAGAAGCGCAUCUUUCUCGAUCUGAUACGCAAACACGGCAGCAAACUGUCACUGAGCCGCAAAUUCUCCGAGGUGUCCACCAAGACGGAUGAGCUGAAUCGGGAGAGUCGGAAGUUGCAGCGGGAUCGAAUUUUAGCAAGGAAUCAGCUUGGCACGGCACUGUCCGCACUGUACGCAAAGCUUCUAAUCAUUAUGGGUGUUACACUACCGGUGACGGAGCUUGUCGCCAGUGCCGCACCGGCCAACUUCCACCAACCGUUCUACCUCUACCUGUACGGUGUCUCCAUCCUGUUCUGCACCUUCCUAUACAUUGCCCGCUGGCGACGGCAAACCCAGCUCGAGUUCCUUACCCAGUGUGCAGAUGAGCGGAAGUCGUCCGUUGUCCGGGUCCCGACCACCGCCGCAGCCGCCCACAGUGGCUCGUUCUAUCUGCGCAUCGGUGCGAUUGCGUUCGGCAUCGGAAGCCUCGUGUACUCUGCCCUAGAUUUUGGCCAAUACUUCGAGCUGGACGGCUCGGAUGACUCUGGGUGUCGCAAUCUGCUGGUCGCCCUGUUGCCCGCCGCCCGGAUGCUGCUGUGCGUGGUCCAGAUGCAGUUCAUCAUCGUGAGCGGGAAAGACUUCGGGCUGGAUCGGCACGCAUUCGUAUCCCGCUUCGGUCUGAUGCACAUGCUGGCGACGAACGUGUGCGAGUGGUUGUACGUGCUGGUCGAGGAGGCGAAGCAUGAAAUCGUGCACCUCGACCACAGCCUGCAGCAGCAGCACCAGCAGACCAACCUGACAGGCAACGCAACUACAGGAUCAAAGCAACACCUGCCGGACGUACAGUGUCGCACCACCAACAUCAUGAGCACGCUCGUCCACAAUGCCGCACCGUUCCUGUUCCCCUGCACCAUCGAGUACUCGCUCAUCUGCGCCCUCACACUGUACGAGCUGUGGAGUGCGUUGAACCGUACCACCGACCCAACCCGCAAACCUGCCCCCUCCGACCGUACCGUCACCGGCCGGCCCGCAAACCGACUCUCGAUCGACUGUUCCAGCGCACAGCGCGGUAUGUUCGGCGGUAUCGUAACGCUCGUCCUAACGCUGAUCGUACUCAUCAUGUACUUCGUGCUGCGAAAGGAGCGCCAUCUGCAGCAUGCGGCCACACUCGAGAUAGUGGUGUACGAGAUCGCCCUCUACUCGGUAACACUGGUCGCCGUCGUUAUGGCGAUGCAACGUAUGCGUGAUCUUCGCGUCGUUACCCAACGCUCCAAAUGUUCGGCUCAAUCGGCCGCCGCCCUACCGAUCGACUGUCAUCUACUGCUCGUAACGCAAACCGGCAUCUGCAUCUACGGCGUAUUCUCCAUCAUCGGUACGUACCAUACCCACGGGCAGCUACUUCACUGGGCCAUCCUAUCGGAGGUACUCGCCCUAGCGCAAACCUCACUCCAAACACUGUUCGUGCUCAGUACCUGGUGGCGUCGGUGCAAGGGUGCCCGGCAGAAUCGCACCAAACCGGGACGGGAGAUCGUUACCUUUCUGCUGGUGGCGAACCUAGCCGCCUGGAUGGUGAACUCGCUCGUCAAAAGUAACGCUAGCUUCCGGCCGCUUGUGAUGGGAUUUUACGGUGCGGCGGCAUGGGCCAUCAUCGCCCACAUCUCGAUGCCACUCGCCAUCUUCUACCGGUUCCAUUCCACGAUCUGUCUGUUUGAGAUCUGGAAGAAUAGCUACAAGGCACGGUACAACGAGAGCUGGUAGUAUGUAUUACUCUCUUAUCUGAGUACCACUAAGGUGUGUCGAUGUGUAUGUGUGCGUUGCAUCAAGAAGAGAGUUCUCAUCUCCGUCCUGUCAUACGUGCGUGUCGGCCAAACGAAGCUGUCAGUUAGUCAGCAUCGGAAGUAGCGUUCCCCCAACAACAACAAAACAAACAUCACCUCCAUUAGUCAUAUCACCACGCACAACCACUAGCUAUUGGAGCUAUAAACGAAAAAUCCCAUAUCACCACCAUCAUAUUUAGUGUAAAUAAAUCCUAAUCGUUCGAAAUAGUGCAAUAAAGUGAGCAAUACGCGCCAAACAAAUUUAAACACCCU